GAGAAAGAGAGAGAGAGAGAGAGAGAGAGAGAGGUGCACGGGACAGGAGCACACCGGUCGGACUCGGAAGUCGCGAGGAUGGAGAUCCGUCCGGACCGCUUUAAGGCUCAGGCAGGAAAAACUUUGGGAAAAAUACACAGACUCCUGGAGAAACGGCAGCAGAAUGGCGAGACUAUCGAGCUGUCAGCGGAGGGCCGCCCGGAGCUGGUGGAGGAGAAGGAGCUUCCCAUCGUGGACUGCACGUGUUUCGGGUUGCCACGUCGUUACAUCAUCGCCAUCCUGUCAGGCCUGGGCUUCUGCAUCUCGUUCGGCAUCCGCUGUAACCUGGGUGUGGCCAUCGUCAGCAUGGUCAACGACCACACCGUUUACUACGGGAAGAAACCUGUCAUAGUGGCUGCUCAGUUCACAUGGGACCCCGAGACGGUAGGGAUGAUACACGGCUCAUUCUUCUGGGGUUACAUCGUCACACAGAUACCCGGGGGAUUCAUCUGUCAAAAGUUUGCCGCCAACAGGGUGUUUGGCUUUGCCAUUGUGGCCACGUCGACGCUGAAUAUGCUGAUCCCAGCAGCAGCUAGAGCUCACUAUGGCUGUGUUAUCAUGGUCAGGAUUUGCCAGGGGCUUGUGGAGGGUGUUUCAUAUCCUGCAUGUCAUGGCAUUUGGGCCAAAUGGGCUCCGCCCCUUGAAAGAAGUCGAUUGGCCACAACAGCAUUCUGUGGUUCAUAUGCUGGAGCUGUUGUUGCAAUGCCUUUGGCUGGAGUCUUGGUGCAGUACACCGGAUGGUCCUCAGUGUUUUAUGUAUACGGAAUGGUUGGGAUAUUUUGGUAUCUCUUCUGGAUUUUAGUUUCCUAUGAGAGUCCAGCUGCUCACCCAACCAUCACACCAGAGGAGAGGAAGUACAUAGAGGACGCCAUCGGGGAAACCGCCGGCCUGGUCAACCCUCUUCAGAAAUUUAAAACUCCCUGGCGGCACUUCUUUACCUCCAUGCCGGUGUAUGCCAUCAUCGUGGCCAACUUCUGCAGAAGCUGGACCUUCUACCUGCUCCUCAUCAGCCAGCCCGCUUACUUCGAGGAGGUGUUUGGCUUUGAAAUCAGCAAGGUGGGGAUGGUGUCUGCACUUCCUCAUUUAGUGAUGACCAUUAUUGUGCCAAUUGGAGGGCAACUUGCUGACUACCUGAGAACACAUAAUUUAAUGACCACAACGAAUGUCCGUAAACUCAUGAACUGUGGAGGGUUUGGAAUGGAAGCCACUCUACUCUUGGUUGUUGGUUUCUCACAUACCAAAGUAAUAGCUAUUUCUUUCCUUGUACUGGCGGUUGGUUUCAGUGGAUUUGCAAUUUCAGGGUUUAAUGUGAAUCAUCUUGACAUUGCUCCACGUUAUGCCAGCAUCCUGAUGGGAAUCUCCAAUGGAGUGGGAACUUUGUCAGGAAUGGUGUGUCCUAUCAUAGUUGGAGCCAUGACCAAACAUAAGACACGUGAAGAGUGGCAGUAUGUCUUCCUCAUCGCAGCACUGGUGCAUUAUGGGGGUGUGAUCUUUUAUGGGAUCUUUGCAUCAGGUGAGAAGCAGCCAUGGGCGGAUGCUGAGAAUACCAGCGAGGAGAAGUGUGGCAUUCUGGGAGAGGACGAACUGGCCAAUGAAACAGAAGAGCUGUACAGGACUGGAGGACAGUAUGGGGCUAUAAACAAUCCCCAUUCUGGUGGUCCCAACGGAGGAGGUGCUGGGGCAGGAUGGGUAUCAGAUUGGGAUAAAACAGAAGAAUAUGUUCAACCUGUCGGGACAAACAGUUAUUUAUAUGGGGGAGAGGGAGAGAGAGAGCUCACAUAGUGAGAAGAAACAGAGUCUAUAUCUAAGAGUUAAAGGAGUAACAAUCAAUGCGGAGUAAAUAAAUAGAGAGAGAGUGAGUGAGUGAGUGAGUGUGUGAAUAAGCAACAGAGCGAAUGAGUUUCCAAACUGAUGAUCAGAUUACGUGAGGAUUGUUCUGUAAACAUAGUGUGUGUGUGUGUGUGUGUGUGUGUGUUGAUGUGAGAAUACAGUGGUGCUCUGUGAUUUAUAUGUUCAGUAAUUUAGGCUUCCUGCCAAAUCACUGUAAUGCACUUAAAAUGACGCAGUGAUAUUAGACAUGUUCAUGGUUCUGGUGUAGGAGUAUAUGGUAUAGGAGUUUCUCUCUCUGUCUCUCUCUCUGUGUGUGUGUGUGUGUGUGUGUGUGUGUGUGUGUGUGUGUGUGUGUGUGUGUGUGUGCGUGUGUGCAAGUUUCCAGAUUGUGCUCAGUUCCUUUUGUUUUAUCCAGUGCUUUAAAUUGUAAAAGGGUUCAAGCAAAUCUAUGGAUGUGUAGACAUUUAUUUGAUCAUAGGUUUGUGCACUUAUACAUGAUAUCCUUGAAGUGACAGUCACCAAAAAUAAAAAUUCUGUCAUUACAUACUCUUUAUAAUUUUAAAGCAACACUAUGUACAUUUUGGCGCUCUAGCAGUCAAUAAACAGAAAUGCACGCAUCCCGCGGAAGAACAUUGUACCUGGAGCUACUUCUUUAUUUUUACAGGCUACAAUAGUCCAAAAAUAAUCACUUAUUAUGAAUGUACCGUAUGGAUUUGGGAUAAGAUGAAAAAGACAGUUUGGUAUAUGAAUAUAUGAUUUAAUCACUUAUUAUAUACAUUUUGAAAAUUUUAAACACAGAAAAAAUGUUACAUAGUGUUGCUCUAAAUAUAUGGUUUAAUAUAUAAUGAUGGCAUUUUCAUUUUGGCCUAAACUAUUGUUUAAACAUGACUGAAUGUGUGUGCAAGUUUAAACGACCCAGAUCCUCAUCAUUGGGUCAGUGCACAAGCGUGUUUUUAUCCUUUGAUGUACUAUAUUAUUCACAUAUACAGGUUUUCACAAGCUUACACAAUGCACACAAAUUCAGUAAAUCUGUGGAUGAAUCUAUUUUGCGCACGAUGAAGGUGUUACUGCCAGGCAAACUCACAGUCAUUUACACAUUACAUUUACAUUUCUCCUUUUGCUGACACUUUCAUUCAAAAGGUAUAGUUGGGAGCUUAACCCAUGACUAUGACAUUGCUGAUGCUGAUGCCAUGAGUCCAAAUAUAUCGACACGCACAAACACAGAAAAUGCCAGGUGAAUUACAAGGGAUAAGUGCCGAAAUACUGAGAAGUUGAAGGGUUGUAUUCUGAGCAUAUGCAGAUUUUAUCAUGUGCAUCCAUUUAGGGUCCAUUCAGUCAGAGAGCAGUAUGAUCUUAGGGAAUCAACCAGAAAACAUCAUUAGGGAAUGGAAAGAAGAUGAUUAAGUAGUGACCAAUUGAUUCUGCCCUUUAUUUUGAUGUUAUUCUGCUUCAUGUGUUUGUAACUUUUUGCGCUUAUUUCCUGAAUCUUUCAUUUCUUUCUUUAUUUUCUUUUCCCAAAUGUAACUUGACUUGUCAGCACAAUAGAAACAAAACAAGAAAAACAUGAUUUCCCUUUGAGGGAAAAACUGAA